AUGGCAAGCAGCCUACGGAUAUUAGUGCCCGUCAAGCGGGUGAUCGACUACGCGAUCAAGCCGCGCAUUAACAAAGCACAAACCGGCGUCGAGACCUCCGGUGUCAAACAUUCCUUGAACCCAUUCGAUGAACUUUCGAUCGAAGAAGCCGUACGGCUGCGUGAGCGCAAGGGCCCGCUAGCUGUUGAGAACAUUCUGGCCCUGUCUGCUGGUGGACCCAAGACACCUGAUGUCCUGCGCACUGCCAUGGCCAUGGGUGCUGAUCGGGCCUUCCAUAUCGACGUGCCCGAGGCCAACGGCACACCUGAGCCCUUGACCAUCGCGAAGCUGCUCAAGGCUGUGGUCGAGAAAGAGAACAUCAACCUUGUGCUUUUGGGCAAGCAGUCGAUUGACGGUGACCAGGGCCAGACUGGCCAGAUGCUGGCUGGUCUUUUGGGCUGGCCGCAGGCAACGCAGGCUAGCAAGAUCGAGAUCAAGGAUGAGGCUGGUACCGUUGAAGUGACACAUGAGGUCGAUGGGGGUAUUGAGACUCUACGUGCCAAGCUGCCUUUGAUUGUUACCACUGACCUACGAUUGAACGAGCCCCGCUAUGCCAGUCUGCCCAACAUUAUGAAGGCGAAGAAGAAGCCUUUGGAGAAGAAGACACUGGCAGACUUUGGUGUCGAGGAUACUCGUCGAUUGAAGACGGUGAAGGUGACUGAACCCCCGCCGCGCAAAGGUGGUGGCAAGGUCGACGACGUUGAUGGCCUGGUUGCUAAGCUCAAGGAGCUGGGUGCUCUCUAA